AUGUCUCAGCGGUACAGGCACUUUGAUGUGAAAAGGCUGGCUUCUAUAGCCGCUGCCUCUGUUGGCGCCGAGACAUGUACCGGUAUCGAGAAAUGUGCCGACGGCAUGUACAAUAAGGCUUUCCUCCUCACCAUGGAUAACGGAAGCCAGGUGGUGGCAAAGAUACCAAAUCCAAACGCCGGCUUGCCGCACCUUACAACAGCCAGUGAGGUUGCGACCAUGGAAUUCGCGAGAAGGGUGUGCAAAACACCGGUACCAAAGAUAUAUACCUGGAGUUCCCAAGAUAAUCCAGUUGGUGCUGAAUAUAUCAUUAUGGAAAAAGUCCAGGGUGUUCAGUUGGAUACGGUGUGGCCCAGCAUGGGAAUCAGUGAUCGGUUCGACAUUGUGAAAUCUAUCGCCGGAUAUCAAGAAGCGUGGAUGUCGGCCUCAUUCGAUCAUUUUGGAAGCCUCUACUUUGCUCGUGAUCUAGACGGAGUACAUCAUCACCGUGUCUUCCAGUCGUUUUCAUCGGAUACCGAUACCGAGCUGCCCGAGUUCGCUAUCGGGCCAUCCACCGGACGAGAGUACUGCGAUGCUGGGAGAGCCUCCAUUGAAUAUGACCGAGGUCCAUGGUCUACCUUGACAGAGUACCUCACAGCUAUCGGCGUCAGGGAGAUGACUUGCGUCAAGCAACUCCCUUCAUUGCCCAAAUCUUCAAUCGCUCUCUAUGGCCCGGGCACAUAUCAACCUACCAGGGGAAGAAAGACUCGGGCUAUAGAGUGCUACUUGGCUAUGGUCAAAUUACUCUGCCCUGUCGAUCGGUCAAUCGCGUCGCCGUGUAUAUGGCAUGGUGAUCUCCACGUUGAAAAUAUCUUUGUUAACCCUGAAUAUCCGACACGCAUAGUGGGGAUCAUAGACUGGCAAUCUACCCAAGUCGCUCCUCUAUUUUACCAUGCGCGCCAGCCAUAUAUUUUGGAUCACAACGGACCACAGCUUAAGGGACUCCAGCGGCCUUGUUUGCCAGAAAAUCUAGGACGGCUCGACAAUGACGCUAAAAGGGAAGCGAAUGCACUGUAUCACAAGCAGGCACUUUGCGCCUUGUACAGAAAUUUUGUGCACAAGUAUAACCCCAACCUGUAUCGCGCGUUGGAAUUCCAGGAAACCACCAGCUUUGAUCUGCUGCUUCUCGCCCGUAAUCUUCUGGUUGAUGGCGAAGCGACCUACCUGUCCCGGAUCGCAGGUUUGGAAGAAGACUGGUCAGGCCUCCCUGGUGUCGCUUCAUUGGAGCAUCAUAACCCUUUCCCUUUUCAUUUCUCUGACGCAGAGAAGGCAGACAUGGACAGAAAUACGAGCGGCGCAUUGCUUGGGAUGCAAGCAAUGCAGAGUAUCCAAGAAUCGAUAGGAGACCUGUUCCCAGAGCAGGGAAUUGUCCUGCCAGACCAAUAUGAAGAAGCAAAAGAUGCUUUGCGCCAGGCCAAGGAAUUCAUUAUUCAAACUUUUGCAAAAAACGAAACAGAAAGGAAAAUAUGGGACGAAGAAUGGCCGUUUGACGACUGA